ACUUAGGAGCUUGUAUUGUAGGUUUAUGAUCAUGGUCCGAUUGUUACUGUGACACACAUUUUCUCAAAAUUGCAAUGGACUCUGGUAAUAUCUUCCCUUUCUUCGUCCAACUCGAAGAGUCGAAUUGUCAUCCUCUCUUCUCGUGUUCUUGUGUUUCAUCAUACAUCGUUGCUAGUCGUCCGUAAGAGUUGUUAGCAUAUCACCCCGAUCAAUGAGCUUUCCUAUUAUCUAGUAGCCCCUUAGCCAUACCAUAGACUCUUCAGCACCUAUCUAUAUGCUAUAUCACAAUCCAAUAUCAAAUCAUCAUGGGGUUCUUCGGUCGAUCUAAGAAGAAACAAGCCCCAGAGGUUCCGACUCCCAAAGUCAGCCAGCUCGUGUCACCAGAAGCACAAAUUCCACCACCACCAUCAUGGCAUCCCCAGGAUAGAACACACCAAGCUCCAGCUCCUGGACAGAGUCCUGGCUAUAUGCUCCCGUCGCCACCACCACUACCACCAUCACCUGUCUGGACUAAUACAUUACCUCCCAUCACAGGCCCACCUCCUCAGUACUAUGAUCAACCGCCGUAUCCACCUAUCGUAGUAAAUCAGCAUUACUAUCUUGGACCACCGAAUUCUCAUCCGGUAGGAGCACAGCCGUAUCCCUAUGGCAGCACGCCAUGUGCCGUUAGCAGACUCAAGCUUGGCUCUGCGGUAAACUUAGCAAACGAGAUAAUACCAGGGAACAUAGCGCAUCAGUUUCUGGGCGAUGGCCUCCCGAGGUGGCACGCCUAUGGCACACAGCUGCUCAACCAAAGUGCCGCGAUGUACGAUCAGAUCUGCAGCAGCUUCAACGAUGUCAUGACGCUGAUCGACACGGAUAAGUACACUGGAAACGAAAAUGACUUAUUCACAUAUGGAUAUACUCCAGUUCCCUCGGCUCUGCCUGAGACUCCGCAACCACAACCACAACCACAACCACAACAAGCUGUCGUGCAUAAGGGGACUGCGAAGAAGUGCAGAAAGCCGACGCCGAAGGAGACUGGCAAAGGGCAAACAAGUGCCUUGGCUUCAACGCUUGCCUCUCGGGGUUAUUUCGCCAAAGUGGAGUUGUAUGCAAACUCGAAGCUAUCUCCAAAUCUACCUGCCCUCCGACUGCACAUACCAACAUACCCUCUCAUCUGCCUAGCAGCGCAAUACUCAGAGAGAGUGUACGAACACCCGAGAGGGGCAGAACGAGAUGCUCACGUAGAUGCGGACUGGAGGACAGGAACUAAAGCUAUGCGCAUCAAGUCUGUUCCCAUGGAUCACAUGGACACGAUCGUCUUUGCUAUCCGAGGGACGGCGACAUUCUUGGACUGGUCUGUCAACUUGAACACCGCGCCGACGACAGCAGCCGGAUUCCUUGACGACCCCAACAAUCUUUGUCAUGCAGGCUUUUUGUCAGUUGCGCGUAAGAUGAUAUCCCCUGUCGCGACAAGACUUCGCCAUCUCUUGGAAGAAGACCCCCGGCGGUGUUCAUAUUCGCUUCUUAUCACUGGCCACUCCGCCGGCGGCGCCAUCGCCUCCCUCCUCUACGCACACAUGCUCGCCACCUCCCCGUCCGCAUCCUCCGAACUGAACAACCUCACCGGCUGCUUCAAGCGCGUGCACUGCAUCACCUUCGGCACGCCCCCCGUCUCCCUCCUCCCCCUCCAGAAGCCCCACCGCCCCGACCUCAAGAAAUCCGUCUUCCUCAGCUUCAUCAACGAGGGCGACCCCGUCGCGCGCGCCGACAAAGCCUACGUCAAAAGCCUCCUCGAGCUCUUCACCGCGCCCGCCCCAACGGCCGAUCCAAAGGCGUCGUCGUCGACAAGCACGACGCAGCAGCAGUCCCCGCCUCUGUCGAGAAGCGGCGCGCCCGCGAAACACAGCAAGGCGCGCGGCUCCAGCACCUCGCUCGUCUCGCGGACGUCCAAGGCGUCCGCGAAGUCUUCUUCUUCUUCUUCUUCUAGCCGCUCCCCCUCCUCCACCUCCAAACCCGGAUCCGGGUCUGGGAAACCGAAGCCCCAGCCCCCCGUGUGGAGGGUCCCGCCCAGCACGCUCAGCAACGCGGGGCAGAUCGUCGUGCUGAGGUCCGGCGCGGCGAACGCGAAGAUCAGGCGCGCGAAGACGGUCGAGGAUCGGCUGGGCGAGGGCGUCGUGGCCCAGGUCGCGACGGAUGAGCAGCUGAGGGAUGUCGUGUGGGGGGACCCGGUGUGCCAUGUCAUGAAGCUGUAUGUGGGACGCGUGAAGAUGUUGGCUGUUGAUGCUGUUACGGCGAAGGGGCGCUGAGGUGGGUGUGGUGUGGAUGAGGGAGGGGCUGGGGGUGCCGAAAGGGAGCUUUGUGUUCCUCAUGACUUUAUGGCGAACUUUUUUAUGAUGUUACUUACUUACUUACUAGUUUGAUGUUUCUUGUUUUUUUUUUUUUUAUAUAUAUACCUAAAGGUACUUGGGCGUUGGGUUAGGGGCAAGAUACCAUUUUGGAGAUUUUCUCGUUUCUGGUAGAUGCAAAGAUACACAAUUUCAACUCUGGUUUGGCUUGGUUCUUCGGUGUUUUAUAUAUGUCGGAUUUGGCUUCUUUAUAUUUUCAUGGGUUGCGUUUUCGUUUUCGUUUUCGUUUUUCGUGCUUUAUCUUAUGCUGGACUCUCUACGCUCUGUGAGUGUAUUUGCUAUGCAUGACUGGGGGGGUAGGGAGAGGGUGGAGGGUUGAAGCAGCGCUUCGACGACGAAAUUAGCGGAAAGAGGUUGAGGUUAGCAAGGAAGCACGUCACAAUGAUUCUACUUUCACAUAUAAAGAUAUGGGUGAGGUUUGGGGGGGGGGGUGUGUGCAGGAGCAGGGGGCUAGAGUAUAUUCUAGGAUAUAGGAUAAAUUAUCACGG